AUGAGUAAUUCCACGGUUAUGAAGAACCCAGUUCCCAGUCUGGUCAUUGCUAAGAUCAACCCUCCAAUCCCAGCUCCCAAGAAUGUUGUUUACAAAAAGACAUCCCGUGACAAGUCGAUUGCUAUUUACUUGGGAAAGAGAGACUUUGUGGAUCAUGUCACUCACGCUGACCCUGUGGAUGGCGUUCUGGUGUUGGACACCGGCUACAUAAAGUCCAAGAAAGUUUAUUGCAGGCUGGUCUGUGCUUUCCGCUAUGGGCCUGAAGAUAUGGAAGUCUGUGGUUUAAAGUUCCAGAGAGAUUUAUUUGUGAAGGUUAUCCAGAUUUACCCCCCACCCCCAGAAGGAAAACCCAAAACACAAACUAAGAUGCAGGAACGUCUGAUAAAGAAAUUUGGAGAUAAUGCUUAUCCAUUCAAUUUUCAGUUCCCAGACUACCUGCCUUGCUCGAUAACCUUACAGGUCGGCCUAAAAAACCUUGACAAGUGCUGUGGUGUUGACUUUCAAAUUCUUGCGUUCUGUGCAAAAAGCCUGAGCAUCGAUGAGAAAAUCUCUAAAAGGAGUUCUGUGAAUCUGGUUAUCCGUAAGGUGCAGUUUGCUCCAGAUAAACCAACGUUUCAUCCAAUGGCAAAGACAAUCAGACAUUUUCUCAUGUCCGAUGAGCCUAUCCACCUGGAAGUCUCACUUGACAAAGAGAUUUACUAUCACAAUGAACCCAUUCAGGUCAGUGUUGAUGUAAUGAAUUAUUCUAACAAGACUGUGAAGAAAAUUAAAAUAACUGUUGAACAGAUUGCCAAUGUGGUACUGUACUCCAAUGACAAGUACUCCCAGACUUUGGCUAUGCAUGAAGUGAAUGAACAGAUUGCUCCAGGUAGCAAACACAAACAGGAGUACACGCUCUUGCCAUUGAUUGAGAACAACCGCGAAAAGCAUGGAGUAGCUCUGGAUGGGAAGAUCAAAGAUGAGGACACCCAAUUGGCUUCUUCCACCAUCUUAAAGGAAGGAAUUGAAAGGGAAGUUUGGGGAAUUCUCGUCUCCUACAAAGUGAAGGUGAAGUUGGUAGUGUCAGGAAUGUUGGGUGACAUUAUGUUCAGUGAUGUUGCAGUGGAGAUUCCAUUCCUGCUCAUGAAUCCCAAUCCACAAACACAAACUGGAGACAUGGACGACGAUGAGAUCCAGUUUGAGGAUUUCGGUCAGAGACGCCCAAUGGCUGUAACGGAAGAUCUGAAGGAUGGAGAGGAAUCACCUUAA